GGUAAUAAAUGUCAAUUUUUCCUUUGUUUUAUGGAUUUGAAAUGUAAUUUUUAAUUUACAUGUGUUCUAUGUAUAAUUGAAUGAUAGAUACUAUGUUUGUUAGUUACUCGUACGCUUCGGAUUGUAAAAAUUGACUACCAAUAUCUCUACCCUCCUAUCAUUACAUAGACUUUUCAAACAAAAAAAAAACAAAAAAAAAAUCCCUCAAAAAGCCUAUAAAAUAAAGGGACAAGCCAGUAUAUAAGAUCAUAUAUACUCUACGGUGCAAUAGCACAGAGACUAGAGAGUGAUGAACAGCAUGGAAAAUAUGGAUCAUCAACAGGGUAGAAGAACCACCAAAUCUAACCAAAGGCCUAAGGGUGGCCUUAUUACAAUGCCAUUCAUCUUUGCAAAUGAAGUGUGUGAGAAGUUGGCCGUGGUAGGAUUUCAGACAAAUAUGAUAAGCUAUUUAACUGAACAGCUUCAUAUGCCAUUAACCAAAGCUGCCAACACUCUUACUAACUUCGGAGGCACCGGAAGCUUGACGCCGUUGCUAGGUGCCUUCCUCGCCGACUCCAUCGCCGGCAAAUUCUGGACUAUAACCAUUGCUUCAAUCAUCUACCAAUUGGGCAUGAUAAGCUUGACAAUAUCAGCAAUAGUACCAAAGCUAAGGCCACCACCCGGGGAAGAGGCAAGUGGAGGACAACUUGCAAUUUUGUACAUUUCCAUCUAUCUUGCAGCAUUAGGUUCGGGUGGGAUCCGACCCUGUGUCGUGGCAUUCGGGGCGGAGCAAUUCGACGAAUCGGAUCCUAAGCAAAAGAAUAGCACAUGGAAGUACUUCAAUUGGUAUUAUUUUGCUAUGGGUGCAUCCAUGUUAGUGGCAGUAACGGUUUUGGUUUAUGUCCAAGAAAAUAUUGGAUGGGGAAUUGGCCUUGGUAUACCAACUAUCUUGAUGGUUGUCUCUAUAACUAGUUUUGUAUUUGGAUACCGGCUUUACCGGCAUUUGGAUCCGUCCGGGAGCCCGUUUACCCGGCUUGCUCAAGUAUGUGUGGCUGCCUACAAGAAGAGGAAAUUGCCUAUGGUAAAUGACCCUAGGUUACUCUAUGAGAAUGAGGGGCUUGAUGCUCCUAUUUCUUUUGCAGGAAAGCUUAUUCACACCAAGCAUAUGAAAUUUCUUGACAAGGCAGCCAUAGUGACCGAAGAAGACAACCCAAAGACACCAAACCUAUGGAGGCUAAACACAGUUCACCGCGUAGAAGAACUGAAAUCGAUCAUUCGAAUGGGACCGAUAUGGGCUGCUGGGAUCAUACUGAUCACAGCUUAUGCACAACAAAGCACAUUCUCCUUACAACAAGCCAAAACAAUGGAUAGACACCUAACUAAAACAUUUCAAAUACCGGCAGGUUCAAUGUCCUUUUUCACCAUAUCCUCAAUGUUAACCACAAUUGCGUUGUAUGAUCGUGUCCUCAUCCCUAUAAUGCGUAGACUUACAGGCCUUGAUCGCGGUAUAACCUUCAUACACCGUAUGGGGGUAGGGUUUGUUAUCUCUAUAAUGGCUACUUUUGUUGCUGGUUUUGUUGAACAAAAGAGAAAACAUACGGCAAUUGUUCAUGGCCUAGUCGACGACCCACAUGCCAUUAUUCCUCUGUCUUAUGUUUGGCUUGUGCCUCAGUAUGCCCUUCAUGGUAUGGCUGAGGCAUUUAUGUCUAUUGGUCACCUAGAGUUUUUCUAUGAUCAAGCACCCGAAAGCAUGAAGAGCACCGCGAUGGCUUUGUUUUGGACCGCGAUUUCUCUAGGGAAUUACUUGAGUACUUUUAUGGUUUCGAUGGUGCACAAGUUUACAGCUACUAAAGACGGGUUGAAUUGGCUGCCGGAUGAUAACCUUAACAAGGGAAAGUUGGACUACUUUUAUUGGUUGAUCACGUUAAUGCAAGUGUUUAAUUUUAUCUACUAUGUAGUUUGUGCUAAGUUUUACACUUUUAAGCCUGUUCAAUUGCAAAUGAGAGAUAGUGAUGGAAGUAAGAAUGAGUUAGAGCUUGUAACUACUGAAGAAUAAUUAGAAUGAGUUAUGUAUGUAGUUAUAUUUCAUCUUAUGUAAAGAAUAAGAUAUUGUGCCAUAAUUUCAUUAAAAACUUAAUAAUAGUACUAUUUUCUCUUUGGUGUA